AUUCGUCCUUACUGCUACACCUUACUCCUUGACGUCUGGUCGAUGUUCGUAAUCAUUCGUCAUUGAUUGUAUGCGCUCUCGUCUUUUAGUUCUCGUUCUGUUUAGUUCGUAACACUUUUGUCUUUAAGGUGUGAAUCGUGAAACGAUUGACCACGUUUUUCCAAAAUAAUCAUCGGUUGAGCAAUUUUCGAGCGAUAGACUUAACGUUGCGAGAAGACAAGUUGAAUGAGUAGGAAAAUGAUAAUCAACGCAGAAGAACAACAAGGCCAGAUCGUUUGGGCGAAAAUAUCAAAAAAAGCCAAGUUAUGGGCCGCAAUAAUUAUUUCUACAAAGAAAAUGAAUUUAGCAUAUUUCGAAGAUCAGCCUGGAAAAACUUGUGUCUGGUGGUUGGGUAAUGACACUAUGUCACAGUUGAGAAAUGAUUUGAUAUUUGAAUUUGAAUCUGAAAUAAAAAAUGGUAUGUCCAAUUUAUGCGGUCAACGCGAAGAAGGUGUUAAACAAGCAGUUAAAAUAUUAUCCUUACAGUUUAACUUUGUGAUCCCCAAACGUUAUGAUGGAAGUAUUAAUCAGAUUAAUUGGGCAUUACUAAAUUUGCCUAUUAUUAUGAAAGGAAAUCGUAAUAAAGAUAAAGAGUUAGUUAUUCCAGAUAAUUUCCUUAAUAAAAUCAUAAUGACAAAUAAUAAUAUUAAAAGAUUAAUUGAAGAAAAAGAAAAAGAUGAUGAAAGCCCACACGGAGUAAAAAGGAAAAUUGAAGUUUCUGAUAUUUCAAAAAUGAAAAACCAAUAUUGCAUGGCAUGCCGAAUAAUUUCAGAUGAACUAGAGAUUAAACAUCCCAUAUUUAAAGGUUUUUUGUGUAAUGAUUGUUUUAAAAAAGGAAAAGACAUUAUUCUAUCAAUAGCAAAAGACAAUGCAAAUGAUGGUUGUUGCGUCUGUCUAACUCAAAAAGACACGUUAGUAUUGUGCAGCUUUUGUAUAAGAGCUUAUUGCAAUGAAUGCUUAGAAUUUUAUUGUGGCCAAAGAGCUCUAGAAAAAAUUAUUGCUGAUAAAACAUGGAAAUGUUUUGCAUGUUUGAAUACUACCAUUUUAAAGACCAGUAAACUAGUUCCAAGGAAAACUGUGGAUCAACUAAAAAACAUCUAUAACUUGUAUCCAGCCAGCACUGAAAAUAACUGUAUCAAGGAAGAAGUUCAGGAAAUACAUGUUUUGAAUUUAAAAGACAUUCAAAACAAUGUACCAAAAGCUUUAAAAAAUCUAGAAUUUCCCUUCAGGAUUCUUGAAACUAGUUAUAUAAAUGGUGAUAUUCUGGAUAAUAAUAAGAAAAAUGCCAAAUUAGUCAUUCAAUAUUAUCCUAACAAAGAAAAUUAUGAUAAAGAUAAAUUUUUUGAUCUGAACGGUUGCAUGAAAAAAUUUUUCUCUUUUUUGCAAAUUAAAAACAAAAUGGAAGCGUUGCAUGAUGAUAGAACCAUUUUUUGGGCAUUUGAAACAAGUGCUGCGAUCAAAGCUUCUGAACAGAAAACAAUCUCAAGGUUUGUUGAAACUCGACCAAUUAUUAUUGGCACGAAUAUAAACGAUGUCCGACAGAGAAGCCGGUUUAUUUGGACCAACAUUACUAUACUUCAAAAUAAUAUCGAACAAUAUACUAAUCAACAAAUUUAUCUUCAUAAAUUGCCAAACUAUGCUGGAAAAAGAGUAAAAUAUAAUGAAGAUCACAAAGAUAUGCCUUGGUGCUAUACUUCCGUAUACGUCAUUUUAAGUAAUUUCAUAAAAAAUAACGUACAUAGAUGCAAGUAAAUGCAAAUGAUAUUGUUUCUCAAACAUAUAUUUUUAAUUUUGGUUUUCUUUUUUUUUUUUUUAUUAUGAACUCGUAUAAAUGCUGAUAUUUAAUUUUUUUUUUAUUUUAUCUUGUUAAAGUUUUAAGACUACAUUUUGCUAUUUUGCCAAGUACCUAAAUAUCCGUUUGUUAUAUUGUUAUGUUUACUACUGUAAAAAUAAG